AUGACGCCAACGGUUCUCGCUCGCCGGCGCGACGGCUGUCCGAAUUUUUUCCUGGCCGCUGUCUCCGCUGUUGUGGCUGCUUACUUUCUGUUUCUUUCGCCUCCCCAGCGCCGAUGCACGACUCACGCCGUCGUCUCUGGUGACGAGCUUUGUGCGGAGGUGUUGGCAGUUGCCGCUCGAGAGGCGGAGUCGGCGGGAGGGAAUUCUCUGGAUCGCACGGAGGGUGCGCGGCCGCGACGCCUGAGCAGCAUCAUAAAGAAGUUCGUCGUGUGGGAUCCCGUUGAACGUUUGAUGCCGAGCUUGAAUUUGGAUCAGGUGGUCUUCAUUGCAGGCAAGCAUCGAGCGGAUCUUUCGUCAGUGUUUCAUACAACGCUUGAUGAUGUGUUGACACUGUUUUUGCGUUGGUUCGACACCGAUGCCAGACUGGCGUGGGCAGUCCAGGGCUUCAUUACGGAGGCCGCACUGCUUCGGGAGCAUGUGCGUUACCAGGAACAAAUGAUUCAAGAGUACUCCGACAGGACUUCGGAACACCACGCUGAUACAGAGAGGAAUAAGAACAAAAUUUUGAGUCUAGAAGUCUACACAUAUCUAGCCGCUAUCAAACGCCGUCUCCGGGACUGGUCAUGCGAUGGGAACGCUUUCCACCGAACAGGGCCUGAAGGGCUUCAACUCGCACAGAAGGCGAUUCUAACUGAACGUGAUGCUGGCUUCUUCAGAGGUCUUCCCUUCAGUGUCCUCCGUCUCGCCCGGGGAGUUUACGCGGAAAAUCCGCCGGCGACAGUUGAACGUCUUCGGGAGGAGCUUCUCCUGCGCGGCGUGCAGUCGCUCGACGACUUGCUUGUGAAAACGAACUUCAUCGAUAUGUUUCUUCUGUUCAACAUUCUGGACGAGGCUUUCACCCAGCUCGACGUUCUCCGCGAGUUUGUGCGCAGCUGGGAAUCUUAUCGCCUCGAAGGCGUCGUCCCGCCUCUGCUGCCUGCGGGCCGCUGGGAGGGGUCGCAGAGCCUGCAGGAGUUGAUGAGUGACGACCAGUAUCCGUCGACGAAAUUUCCAAAGUGCUCCACGCUGACCUGUGUGAUGCAGCACACGUGGGCGGAGAACGCCUCGGACGUCUUUACGAUUGAAAAAGAAAAUGUGAACUCUCUGAAGCUCCUCUUGCUCGGUAGCACCGGCAUCAGCGAGUACAAGACAGGAGGAGGCAGGAAAGGCCUGUGGUAUAACGUCAAGCGCUUCUUUUGGACGAAUGAGUUCGACCAAACGGUUGAAGCGUUGAAGCACUGGCAUGUCAAGGAGAAGGCGGAUGCUGUCUUGGGACUCGGGGAUUUCCUCGGGAUUCCAGGUCCGCUCUCUGCGCGUGAUGAGCGAUUCACCAAAAAGUGGCACGACAUCUUUGUUAAGGACGCUGGGCUCGACGUGCCGUGGCUGAUGACGCUGGGAGAUGACGAGGCGCUGGUGAACCCGUCUGCAUCUAUUCGGCAUCACUAUACUGGACAGCAUCCAAAUUGGCACAUGCCGAAUGACGCGUACACGGUGACGUUUAACUUUUCCGCCGACAUGAGAAUGGCGGAUGGCAGCAUCGAACGCGAGACGUUCAACGCAACAGUUAUCAACCUGAAUACGUGGAACCUGUUGGUCGGUAAUCCCAUUGCGAACAAUAUGCAGAGCAUGAUGGAUCGCCUCAUGUGGCUGAGCGACGAACUGUAUACGGCAAUCAACCAGAAGACGAACUGGCUCAUUGUCAUGGGUCACCAUCCGAUUCUGUCGACAGGCCCACAGGGUGAGCAGAGUCGUUUGCAGUACAUUGACGAUUUGUACAGGAACGGGCAGCCCCGCGGCACCGAGUCACUUUUGGUUCAGAUGCUGCUUACGCACUACCAAGUCGACGCCUACAUCUCUGGCCAUGACUACUUCAUGGAGUACAACACACUCGAAGACUUGAAUAGAAACACCACUCUCGCGUUCAUCACCAGCGGAGCGGCCUCGCGUCUGCUGGACAAAGACGUAGGGCGCGGCUGGAUCGGUCGACUUCGUGGCGCGAUGCACCCCAUUCUGUGCUGGUCGGGAAGGCGCAUUUUGUUUGCGCUACACCCCGGAGGGUGCAGACCGGAGCGACGGGAUCAGGACUACGCGUACCGGUUCUUUGCCCCGAUGGGCACGCAGUUCAAGGUGAACGUCGUGGAGCGCGUGACAACUGCCACGGGGUUCGCGGCCGUGAAACUCACCCAGGACUACAUGGUCGUCGAGUUUAUCGACGGCCGGUCGCAGAAGCUAGCCACCCGACGCAUCAACAAGCGCUCAAAUAAAGGCCAGCGCGACAUCCAGUACAUGGAUCCGAUGGCUGAGGGCCGCUUACGGUAUGGGGAACUCGAGCUGGAGCGGCAGGCCUUCGCGGAGGCGAACGAGGAACUGCUGCAGAAGGAGGUGACUUUCGCGCGUCAGUGUCCGGUGCUGGCGCAGCGAAUCAGAUUCUACGUCACGGAAAUAAACGACCUGGUUUCAAGGUACGAGGAACUUGGCAAACAGAAGGACGCAUACGAGGUGAUGGAUGAGAACAAUGUUGAGCUCAUGAUGGCUCAAGGCAUCAACAUUGUUUCGCGCAUAACGCAAGCCACAUCGGAGAUGCACGUACUCGCCUCCGAUUACGAAAAAAUGAUGAAAAAAUACCGCGAACUGCUCGCGGUCAAGGCCACGAUGCCUGCCGCUGAUGAUCCGCGAUAUCUGAAGCUUUUUCAACUCGAGAAGGCUUACGUGGACACCCGCAAGAUGCGGCAAGAAAUGGCAAGGCAGCUGGCCCUGGAAGGCGAGGGCGUACCGGAUCGUGAAGGCGAGAAGGAACUGGAACGCUUAAUUCUUAGUAUGCAGGUGCUUCGAAAGGAGAUAACUGCAAUCGAAAAAGACAUGCAGGAUAACCCGUUCGUGCCUACAGAAGAGCCACCGGAGGCUAGCGAGGGUGAAGCGGAAGAAGCGGGGGAGCGUGGCGAGGGCGGGGAGGGCGGCGAGGCAGAGAGAGGAGCGGCUGAGAGCGGCCGCAGCAUCAAAUGGCCUGAUAAUUCGCUGGUCGCGCGGAUUGAGCGAAAGCGUGAGCAACUUCGUAAGACGCAACUAGCCCUCGAGCUGGUUAAGCGCCACCCGCCCGAGGAACUUGAGAAGAUCAAGACGCAGGUGAGGCAACUCGAGCAGUUGGCCAAAGCUACGGAAGACGAGUUGCGAGCCAUGGAGCAAAGGCUGCAGCGUCAACAGGAACCUAUGGCUCCUUCCAGGGCGUGGGAUCUUUUCCAGCAGAGGCAGGAUCUGGAGACAAAGUUGGCUCAAAUCGGGCUGCUGCUGGUGCAGGUGCAGAAGCUGCCAGAAGAAGUGCGAACGUCGCCUGAGGCACAAAAGCAAGUGGAAAUGCUCAGGGCACAGAAGACCAGCAUUGAACAAGACUUUCGCGACAUCAAUGACGAACUGGGAGAGCGCACACCGACUGAUCUGCAGACCAGAUGCUUGAAGAAGAAAGCUGAGGUGUGGCGAAUGGAGACGAUUCUCGCUCAGGAGUCUCUUCUUCCUGCUCGGGAGCUGGCCAUUCCUGCUGUUCGCCAAGCGCUCAACACGGCGAAGCAAGCCAUUGGCAAACUGCGGGCGGAGCUUCAAGAACUAGAAGAGAGAGUUAGGCAGGAGCUGACUGCGCGAGAAGCAGCCUUCGUGGAAAGCCUGCAGGCGCAAGGUCUUCCGCUACCCAAGGCUGAAGACCAGGGAGGUAGUGUAGAUGAUGCUCAGCCUUUGAUGCAGCCAGAUUUUACGCGAGGAAGCCAAUCCAGAGCCGACGCCCUUAUUUACGAAUUCAAUGAAACUGAGAAGCAGAUCGCAGCCAUUGACGAAGUGUUGCGCGUGAGCAAGGAGCUGAGUCCCGAGGAACUGCAAGCAGUGGAGGGCAUGGUCGGCCCCAUCAAGGAUCUACCAGCGAGGAGGGCAUGGCUGGAGAAGCGUCUAAUAGAACUGAAGGCGCAGGCAGAGAAGGAGGCAGAGGCGGGAGAGACGGGUACAACCGAAGGCAACGCAGGGCGCCGACUCUUGGACUUCCUCGACAUGCGUCGCGAGCCAACGCCAUACAAACAUCUUGAUAAAGUUGACGUCGGCCCUAUAGAUGCUUGCCUGCAGGCGCCCAUGUUGCAGGCCCACGUCGAAAUGACGCUGCGUCCGGAUCUGCGAGAGCAGGUCAAGGAAAAGUGCAUCAUGGUGUUCGCCCAGACUGCGUAUCAAACCCAGUACCGGGUAAUUCAGCCGGUGCACUUUUUUGUCCAAAGCCAGAAGGGCCUCCAGACAUUGUUGUACCGCGUGCCCUCUGUGCACGUAUCUAGAGCAUGGAAUCAGUACUUCGGCAGCACGCGUAACACGCGGUUCAAGACGCUCAUGAAGGAGUUGAAAUCAGGCGUGAAAUUCGUGCACGACACUUUCCGUUCGCUAAGCAUCAAAGAAGCGCAGGAGCUCGAAGGUUUAAAUGGAGCGCAGCUGUCUGAAGGGUCCACUGGAGUAGCCGAGGAGGCAGUGCCGACGACGACACACGACAGCGAGAAGGCGGGAGACGUGGAAGGAGCGAGGGCAGACGAGGGUACGGAACAAAAGGAACUUCGGAAACCUGAAGGGCGUGCAGAACAGGAAAUCGAGCAGGGGAGACCUAGGUAG